UGGUCUUCCCAACAGGGACGAGUCAGGACCAAGACGGUAAAAAAGGCCGCCAGGGUCAUCAUUGAGAAGUACUACACCCGGCUGGGCAGUGACUUCCACGUCAACAAGAGGGUGUGUGAGGAGAUAGCCAUCAUCCCCAGCAAGAAGCUGCGCAACAAGAUUUCUGGGUAUGUGACCCAUCUGAUGAAGCGUAUCCAGAGGGGCCCCGUCAGAGGCAUCUCCAUCAAGCUGCAGGAGGAGGAGAGGGAGAGGAGGGACAACUAUGUCCCAGAGGUGUCUGCUCUGGACCAGGAGAUCAUUGAGGUGGAUCCCGACACCAAGGAGAUGCUGAAGCUGUUGGACUUCGGCAACCUGUCGAACCUGCAGGUCACCCAGCCUACCGUUGGAAUGAACUUCAAAACACCCAGGGGAGUUUAGACACGUUUCAUAUCUCUGUCAAUAAAGAGAAGUGGAAAGGAAGCACUGUAGCGGUCUCUUUUGCAAGGUCACAAUAUCUUACUCUAAGGCUGGGAUUCAAUCAGAACAAAUGUUAACCAGCAAUAGCAGACCUCCCUUGUGGCUCAGUUGGUAGAGCAUGGUGCUUGCCAUGCCAGGGUUGUGGGUUUGAUUCCCACACAGGACUAGUAUGAAAAGGGAAAACAAAUCAUUAUGCUCAGGAUAAGUGUCUGUUAAAUGACUCAUAAUAGAAAUAGUGGUCGGGAGGAAGAAGUGUGUUGGAGCCGUCAAAUCAUUGAGCAGCUGCUCUUGCAAUCGUCACGCUUCGCCCCACUGUCGUUAAGUUCAGAACGAGAAAGUGUAGGAUACAUAGAAAUAAUUACUCACAUUGAAAAUUUGGAUUCAUGGGAUCUCUGUUAAUUCGACUCCGUACAGGCCAAUAGCAAUGUCCGCUUUAGGUGUAAUGCCAGGAGCCGCUUGUGGAUUUGACAGCUCUAAAGCAGUUCCACUUCCGACACCGCCAAAACAACCGCUAUGUGGAUGUCGGCUAAAGCGGAUCUGAUUGAAUACAGCCCUAGGGGUCAGGAUGCAAUCCGAUUGUGGGUAAUAGACGUUGCAGCUUUUACAGGCAAUUUCCAAUUGAACUAUGCAGCGUUUACCGUGGUUACAUUACCUAAAAGCUGCAAUGUCUAUUACCUGUGAUCGGAUUGAAUCCCAGGCUAAAACAAUCACACUACCUGCCUCCAUCUCAAUAUUGUCUAAGGGUGUUUUCACACUGGGUCCCUUUCAGACAAUUUGUGAACUCUGCCUGUUCCCUUAAUUUUUUUGUCCAGUGUGAACACGCCAAAGGAACUCCGACCUCUCAAAAGUUAACCGAACUGAGACCAUCUUGAAUUCCUCAGUCCAGUUCCCUUUUUUAGGGCAAUGUGAACACAAAGCUCACCAGGUUGGCUUGUCAUUAGUGGGUGGUGUGGGAAUAGACUACUACAACACUGCUUCCCCUCACACGCAGAAUUGUUGUCCAAAAUGGUUUGAAUAUUUGAUCUAUUGGCUGAGAGCUUCAUAAGCUGAUUAGAUUGUGGGGUUUGAGUAGUGUGAGAAGACAACAUAUUUGGUGAGAAUCAGAACAGGCUACAAAAUCAAUUCUAGCUCUUAAAGGGGCAGUAGCCUAGAUUGAAAAUUGUAUACCCAAAUUACAGCAUCUGCAGUUAUUCUAUUUAUUGUUGCCAAUGUUAAUAGUAUCUUCUGAUUGGAAUCUAUUAGCAUGCAACAUAUAAGUAGGUUUAUAUAUAGCUGUCCGAUAACACGUUCUGAUGGAAUGACUUGACCUGCACUUUGUAAAAACCACGAGUGGAUGUUCCUUUCUAAACAUAGCAGUGUGAAUGCAAAGAGGACUGACCUAAAAAAAAA